GAGCUGGAUCUGGACGAGCCGGGCCCUUCGACAAGGCGCAUUCGCAACCCCACCCGCUCUGCGACGCCAAGCACGGCCGGCACCUCCACGAUGCAUGGCAAUGCUAACCCGUCCGCGACGCAGGGGACCACCGGCAGGGUCAAUGCAGGUCCAAUUCCGGGCGCCACGGCUCAACGCUUACAAGACGCGGUGCGCGCCCUCUCGGAGAUGUUCAUGGAGGAGUCCAUCAAGUGCAAGAAACCCAUCGAGGCGCUGUGGAACGCCGCAGGCUGGAGGUCUCUGGAGUGUAUGCGCACGAGGCAGUGGACACGGCAACAAGUGUUUUCUCGCCACUGGGCUGCGUUAAACCCUCCGAUCAAUGGAGAGUCCAAGGACGAGCGCAGGGCGCGGAUGAACAAGGCUUACAGGAAGAAGCUCGCCCGCCUCGGCGCCAAUCCUACUGAUGAACAACUCGCCGAGCACUUCAAAGCCGACUUCGACUUCUGUGCCGCGAUGCAGGAGGAGAUAAUUCAGAACGCAACAGCUCGACAGCGACAGCGGCUGGUCAACCAGACCGCCGAACAGCUCUCUCGCGUCGCGCUGGGCGCGCACAUGAACUCCGGCCUCGCUCUCGUCGGCUACGUCGUCGAUCUUCGCGGAGGCGCCAAGGGCUCCGUGAGCUCGACCAUGUUCGGUGGCGGCGCUGCGUUUGUCGAGAUGCUGCGCCGUUACCGCGGGAACUUCACUGCUGGGAUGAACGACGUGACAACCUUGCUCAGAUCGUGCGACCUCAGGCUUCGCGGGCUGACGGACGACACCGAGAUUUCCACUGCACCGGCGGCCGAGGAAGAGUCUGCGGAGGCGCGUGCGUGGAGGAGGGCCAUAGAGGCCGACAUGGCCGCGCAUCCCCGCGGUUUCUUCACGUACCGCAACAUGAUGAGCAGGCCCGGCAAGAAUCGCAGCGACGAGUUCGUCCGCAUCCUCUAUGAAGCCAUACGGUGGGAUCUAGGUGCUAACUACCGCCUGGCCAACCAUCAUCUUUCGUCCAAGUCCGUCGAGAUGCCAAACCAGAUCCCCCGCUCUCAGCUCCUCGACAUCGCAUACCGCCUGGGCCUCGUCCUCGCCAACUGGAUCGAGGAGCUCGCGAACAAUAUGCCAAUCAAGGACGUACCUCGCAAGCCGUCCGGCCGCUCCUGGGCUGGCAAGGUCGGCGAAAUGCUGGAGAGGCGCAAGAAGGCCGAGCGCGAAAGCAACGAGCUGGGCCUCGAGGGCGUGGACGCCCUUCAGUAUCUCCUCGACCACGGCGCCGUCGUCCUGAUGCCCCUCCCUCGCAACGCAGUCAUGGGCCCUUUGAGGGAGCUCAGCAUGACUCCCCUCGUCCAAUCGAACCCCAUUACCCAGCAUCAGCCGCCGCGCGUGUACGGAUACCUGCGGUGGAAGGACUCGGAGCUAUAUCAGCAUGACUUGGCGACUGGAUCCGACUCACGCAUCAAGUGGCAGUCCUUCUGGGAGGACGAGCGAGACGACGGGCUUGACGCGGAGGAGGACGCGGAGGAGGACGCGGAGGAGGACGCGGAGGAGGACGCGGAUGCGGAUGCGGAUGCGGAUGCGGACGCGGACGCGGACACGGAGGACAAGGGGGCCGAGGAGACCGAGGGUGAGGAGGAUGAGGAGGACGAGGACGCUCGCGCCAAGCGCGCGCGCGCGGAGGCGCUCUAUCGCGCGCGGCGCAAGGAGUUGCAGGACAAGAACAACAAGUCGAAGCGUCGCUAG